UCAUAUUUUACUUGUCCAACUCUGACAAGAAUACUAAAAACAUUGCACAAGUUGCACGUGGGUGAAUUAAUAUUUUUACUGGAAAAAACAUUGUUUCUAUUUGUUUUACAACGAAAUAUUUGUUACUAAUUGACAAUUAUGGGUGAACCGAAAAAAACUGAAACUUGUAGUAAGAACAAAAGAAGACAUGAAUCCGAAAGUCAAAUGGAGAUUGAAGUUGUAAGUGGUGUGGAAGGAAAAGUAAAGACAAAAUCUUCAGCAAAAAAAUCAAGAAACGUUGGAGGAGAUGAAUUUCGCAAGGUACCCGUACCAGCUCAUCGAUAUUCGCCAUUGAAACAAGAAUGGAUUAAAAUUUUCACACCAUUAGUUGAACAUUUACAACUUCAGGUACGUUUUAAUUUGAAAAGUCGUAAUGUGGAACUUAGAACAUCGCCUGAAACGCCAGAUAUUUCAAAUCUUCAAAAAGGUGCCGAUUUUGUGAAAGCAUUCAUUUCGGGAUUUGAAGUUGAAGAUGCACUUGCACUUUUACGUCUCGAUGAUCUUUUUGUUGAAAGUUUUGAAAUUCAAGACGUUAAACCAUUGAAAGGUGAUCAUUUAUCGAGAGCAAUUGGUAGAUUAGCGGGUAAAGGUGGAAGGACAAAAUUUACAAUUGAAAAUGUUACAAAAACAAGAAUUGUAUUAGCCGACUCGAAAAUUCAUAUUCUCGGUUCAUAUCAAAAUAUUCAACUUGCGAGACGAGCAAUUUGUAAUUUAAUCUUGGGUAGUCCACCAUCGAAAGUUUAUGGUCAAUUGAGAAAUGUUGCGAGUAGAGUGGCUGAAAGAUUUUAGAGACAACUUUAACAAAAAACAAAAGGUAGAAAGAAAAUUAUAUAAAAUAUUAUUAUUAAGUUUUCUAGGAUAGUUUGAAAUCAAUUAAAUUAAUAGGAAUGUUUUUCUAAAAAUGAAUUUUGAAAAAUUCAAUAUAAUUUAAUUUUUGUUUAAAUUCUGUACAAUUUUUUGCAAAUCUAUAAAAGAAUUUGAUAUUUAUA